GUCUCAGUUCGAAUAUCUCUUCCGAUGCCCCAAAGUUGGUCGAUGAAGACUUAACUCAAUUGGUCUCUAAUCUCCGCGUUUUUUGUCUUUUAAGUUACCAACCAUCUUCUAGAGACUUCCAGCAUUUUAACACAGCGUCACCAUGAAUGUGAAAAAAGUUUAUCCAACUUCAUAUCGGAACCCGAAAUGUUCUCGUUGUAGAAAUCACGGCUCUGAUGCCAAGAUGAAGGGCCACAAAGGUUUCUGCCCCUACAUCUUAUGUAAUUGCAUGAAAUGCAUCCUGGUAGAGGAACGGCGCCGAAUCUCCAGACAACAGAUCCUGCUCCAAAGACAUCCCGACAUCAACGUCAAGGAUAUUUUCAAAGGUUGCAUAAGAUGCGAAAAAUUCUGCCAACAGGUGACUGAUUAUUCUAACUGCGUCAACGCAGAUUCUUUCAUGCCAUCACCAAACACCUACCCCGUUGUCCAACAGAUCAACGGGAAUCAAUCGAUGCCAAGCGUUAACGUGCCUUUGAACCUGCAGAUGCCUUCCACCCAGCCGCCACCCUGUCGUAUCUACUCUUCUUCGCCUCAGCCAGACUUUGGUUACUACACCCCGAAGACACCCUUCGCCAUUUCCAACUACCCUGCCGCCACUUCCAGCAAGAUGUCUGACGUACACAGCAGCAAUAGUAACAUUAGUAGUAGUAGUAGCAGCAGCAGUAAUAGUAUUAGUAGUACUACCACUACUACUGCCACCACCACCGGUACUACUACUUCUGCCAAUAACACUAUGUAUUAUACUCCAGUGCAGGUGGCCACGAAUGGCAUGGCAAGUUCAGAGUUCAGUCCUUCGUACAUUUACCCGGGUAACGGCUACCAAUUGGCACGACCACCUCAAAAUCUCGGAUUUGGUAAUUACAACCGGCCUCCGUUAAUCUGGAACACUUUUAAUUAUCCCGUUAAUUCCUGGCCGCAGAAGUUCUGCGACAGCUCCGUGCCUUCCAAUGCGAACAAAAUGCAAAUUCCGGAAAACUUGUCUUUCAAGUCUGCGGACAAUUCCUUGAAAUCCUGCAAGCUUGCUGCCGACACGACGAAAUAAGAAACAUGUUCUAGAGAUACAGGUGUGUGUGUGACGAACUAUUGUUUAAUUUCUUUCAUUUGUUUACCAUAUCAUUCAUUACUCUACAGAAUGUGUGUGUGUGGGGGGGUGCUCUCCUAAUUUCUUAUGUUCAUCUGAGCUUGAACUAGUUCCCUUCUCUCUCCUUCCUUCCCAGAUAAUUCCUCAAG